CUCCAACAUCAACUUACAUCUAUUUAUACCUAUACAUAUCAAAAAUGCCAGUGGAUGACUACGUGUCGGCAGCCGGAGCUGGCGCUCUAAAGCUGAAAGGUGGGAAGAUACAGAAGAAUAAGAAAAAGAAGAAAACCAAGGUCUCAACCCUCGAGCGAUCCCUCACUCCGGGAGAUAGCUCUGCCUCUAAGCCCAAGGAUGUCGAGGAUCCCCGACAGCGCGAUAGCAAAGAUCCGGAUGAUGGCGACGAUGGUGACAUAGUCGAACAGAAGACCGAAGCUGAGCGCCGGUAUGAGGAAGCUAAUAGGAAAAAGAUGUUGAAAAUGCUCGAGGAUCCAAAGAUAGCUUCCGAAUUCCGAAAGACGCACAAGGAGAGAGUAGAAGGCCUGAAUACGUAUCUCUCCAAGCUUAGCGAGCAUCACGACAUGCCUAAGAUCGGCCCAGGAUAAACUAUACCUUUCGGACUGUCUAGCCUGGUGUUUACCAUGUCAGACUUAAUAAUAACCUCGCUCGAGCCUCAUUACUACCUAGACUACCCAGUACUUGAUCUGAUCUGAUUAGGUAUUCACGGAAUGACUUUACGAAAUGACUGCUACUAUUAUUGUAUAGAAUAUCUCUGUUAUGAAUUGGAUUAUUAGGCGUCCUCCUUUGACCUUCUGUGUACAUCCAUACGUACAUACAUACAUACAUACAUACA